AUGGUCGUAGUGUUGCGCUCAGCGAGUGAACGAUUACGUCGUUGGGUUAGGUGGAAUGUUUGCUAAGUCAGUUGCCCAAGAGUUGUGUUUGUGUACUCGGCGUGUUGUGAUCGUGAAACGGUGAAUCGAUCGUUUUUCUUGUUUUUUUUUCUUUUGUUUUGUUUUCAUCUCAAAAAGUAUCUUCUGGAUGUAAGAAAGAAGUAAAAGCAGAGCAUAAAAAUGUAAUACAUAACAAACAAGGCGUCGAUCAUCGGACGAAUGUGACAAAUGGCUUAAGAAAAAUAUAUACGAAAAAUUAGUCAACAUCGGAGUUUAUCAAUGAAUGAAUGGCACAACCAAUUAACAUUAAUUAUGAAAUAAAUUAAAAAAAAAAAAAAAACAUACCUACUGCAUAAUUUGUUAUUUGUUUAUUUCCUUCGUGGAGGGGAUCGCCUAACAAACAAUUGUGAUGUGUAUGCGUGCGAAUGAAUGAAUGCUUGUGCAUGUGUGGCUUGCAUAUUUUCUUCUUGGGAAGAAUGCUAACGAAGAGUGUGAGGACAAGUCGUUGCUUGUGAGGAGGCGACGGACGGAGGAGGUUGGUUGUAGGAGCCCACCAAGAUACUCGUCGAUGAUAUGUUAAAAUUCGCUGUGGCUUUACAAUUCAUUAUCGUCAUUUCAAGAAACGCUUCCAAAGGGAGUGAGAAACCGGUUUAACAGCCUCUUUCUACAACUCUUCGUGGUCUUGGACAAAAGAACCAACAAACUCACAUCACAUUUAGAGCCUAUCCCACAACUCAACAACAGCCACAUCAAAUGUGUGCAGCUUUGGGAUGAAAAAAAAAACAAACUCCCAUAAUUUGAGAUUUCAAACACGGAAUAUAACUCCAGGAAAUGUUUCGUUCAUUCGCUCGAUAGUCCCCCCUACAAAAUUUCGCCGCUGUGAAAGAGAAAAUUUAAAGUAGAAAAAAUAAAUAUGAGUGAGUGUGAAUGCGAAUGUGCGUGUUAAAAGUGUAUUAAUCAAAUAGGCCAAGUCUAUUUUGUCUUUGUGAAUGUUGUUGUACAACAUGGAAGUUGAAAACUCUAUAGCGGAACGGAAGCCCAUGAAUGUGCCAAAUGCCCUGAAACGAUCCUCUCUCAAUCCCUCGCUGGCUAGCAGCACAGUGGAGAACAUUAUCUACCCCCCCUCGCAUCAAUACCACUACAUCCAGUAUUACCAGCAGCCGGCCAUCAAUCAAUAUGCAAAUCCCACCAUACAACCCACCUGCCAAUGUAGCUGUUCCUGUGGAACAGCCCAACUGCAGCAGCAGCAGCUACAUCAGUAUCCCCCACAUGUGCAGCAAUCGCCAAAUAAGUCCUCUCAUACGGCCGCGGUCAUGGCAAAUCGAGGGGGUGGAGGAGGUUUGCAUUCCCAUCAGAACAGUAUCGAUGCGGCGGUUAUAGUUCAUCGCCAGGCGAGCAGCAAUAGUAGUUCGGAUCCUCCCACUGCCACGACCACCACAGACUUGCCUCAAAAAUCGCAGUCAGAGACCUCGUUGUUGCUCAAUCACUCCUAUCAGGCUCUGAAAAUGACCGAAUCACUGAGGGACAAUUUGUUGGAUAAUUCCUCACCCAAAAUGCUGAAAUCCCAAUCGGCCUCCAGUUGUGACUGUGACUUGGAAUGUAAAUGUGGGGCAGGCGGUGGUGGCAUUCCCACCCCAGCCGAUAGUGAAGACAUUAACUCCUCUCCCAAUCGAAAAGAUCAGCUAAAGCAAUUCGUUCUGUCGGAAGCCAUGUUGACCGCAGAUGAAAUUACCGUCAGCGAAUCGGACAAUAACAGUAGUACAGUGAAGCGCUGUGAACGCAAUAAAAAUAAAAAAUCAUCUUGCGGCAUUUCCCAUAAAAGUUCCUCAAUCGCAGAUGAUCUGAACUAUCACAAUGCCAAUAACAUCGAUAUUUACAGUGAUGGCGAUGCGGAAGCCAUUACCGAAGCUUGUCUGAAGGAGACGAAUGGCAUGCCUGGUACGAAUUCCGACUUAAGGCCACCUCUACCUCCACGCCCACCACCCAGACCUAAAACGGCGUCGGGUUCAAUCAAUGCUGCUCGUGGACGCUCGGGUAUGGUGAUAAAAAAGUAUGUGGUCUGGUGCUUGGUUUGCGGAGGCUUCUCUUGCAUACUCGGUUUGCUGUUUCUGGGUGUUUAUUUCCUGCUACACUCUUACACAAUAACAGUGGGUAAUUUCGAAACAGUUCCCACAUUUGUUCCCGCCACAUUGUUGAUACUCACCGGUCUUUGUGUGAUGAGCCUGGCGCGAAGACGUAACCGAUACAGUUACCUGAUAAAACUGUCUGGGGCCUGCGGCCUCAUCUCGGCUCUAACCUGUGCUUUGGUCACAGUGACCACAACGGUCUUGCACAUGAGCCGCUUGCAAGCUUUGCGUGAAUGUGAAUACGCCCAGAAGACUCGCACCUGCACCUGUUACUCCGACAUGAUUGAGUCUCAGGUGGACCGUGUGGACAAAGAGGGUGUGCGUCUGGUGUUUGACUCGCUUUCAGAUUGUGGAGUCGUUCAUGGCUCCUUGUAUUCUUGCUUAAGGGCAAUCUUCGGUCUAUCUGUUGCCGGCGUUCUUGUAGCCGUCUUCAGUUGCAUGUUGGUCUACCAACUGUUAAGCCAUGAACGCAAGAAAAUGUAUUGGGAACAAUUGGAACUGCGUUGUCGCUCUUUGUAUACUCGUCCCCAAAUGCCACCGCAAAAUAUGGCUACCGCUGCUGCGCCCCAUGGUUGUCGUUGUUGUGAGCAAUGUCAUGCCCAUCGGCAAGUACCCCUGCAGGCGGCAGCUUAUCCCUGGGAUGAGAGCAGUGAGCCUCGUUUCUGGUCCACACAACCGCCGGGAAACUUCUAUUCGCCCAAUCCUGGCGGUGAGGAUUUAAUGGGCAUGACCAAUACUUGCCGUAGACACGAAAUGACCACCGCUCGUGGCAGAGGAAGUGGCUGGAGUUGGAAUCGCUGGUGGCAGCGUAGCUCACCCGACCCCAAUUCACGAUUCCGACAAACUCCUUCAAGUCCCGAUUCGCAAUAUGGCUUCUCAAAUAGUAAUGCCAACACAUUGGCCGAAGAUGUCACCGCUGUGGCCAAUGGCAAUGUUGUGACUCAGCAAUUUAAUGUCUUGCCUGGAAAUCUGCCCUAUGGUGUCUGGGGUCCUCCGCCGCCGUACAGUGACCCCAACAGUCCAGCCCGGAGGGGAUAUUACCAGUACAUACAACCACCUCAUCAUCAUGCCAAUACAAAUGGGGCCAUUGUUGGUGGCAACCAGCUUGGCGGCACCCCCUUAGCCCUUAAUGCCAACAUCACAGAGUCUAAUAAUGGUGGAGGAUUUUUGGAGCAGCCCGCUGCCUCAAAUUGCUGCCAACAAAAUUCUAUAGCACGGUCUACCGCCUCCACAGUGGGCAGUGUGAGUAACUUUAAGUCAAAGGGGGAGUAUGAGAACACACCUUCGGACAGCGAUUGUGGCAGUAACCUAAGAGAUAGAGAUCGUUUCUCCAAUACCUUGCCCACCCGCAAGAUUAAGAAACGUUUGGAUCCUGGCAAUAAAAGUAUUGGACCCAAUUCGCAAAGUGUGCAGCGGGUCAAUGUACAACAGGUAUUUGCUGCCAAUGGUACUACCGGCAGCGCCGAAGAGCAGGAAUAUCAUGAACCUCAGAUAUUGGCUGAGGACAUUCUGACCAAUCAGCAGCAGCAGCAGGCACAGCUCACUAAAUGUGGCGUUGAGAACUCGGCAUUUCAAAGCAGUUGCGAAUCUACCAAUGUUGGGCUCCAGAAUAUGGAUCAGCAAAUGGGCGAAAGCAGUGAUCCCACCGAAUCGGAAGUCUACUUUGCCGAUGUUAGCAGCUGCUGCAAUAUGUCCGUGAAGAAUGACCACUACUAUGAAGAUACCCGGGCAUCGCAGAGAACAUUAAUACCUCCCACCAGCCAGCAACAGCCGGGACAGGCACAGUCCCAACCACAUCACUUACACUCUCAUGGCCACGCAGGUCACCAUCACCAGCAUCAGCUAAGCAAUUGCAGUAGCAGCAGCACUAAUGAGGAUUAUUUGGCACAGCGUUUUGGUCCCCGCGAAAAUUCCAUACGUAGUCGUCUUCCAUUCCCUCAAAGUACUCAUGCCACAACCGAUGGCUUUGUGGAGAAUCUAAAAAUCUUAGGGGGGCCCAAUAAAGAUAAUACUCCCAACCAUGGCCAUGGUCAUAUACCAAAAGAUCCCUCAUGCCAGAGUAUGUGUUCCGUGGAAUCCGAGGCAAAGACUGAAUUCACCGAUCUCUCUCCCAUGACGCCUUGUGGCCAGAAACUAAAUCAGUUGAAUGAUUUUGCCGAAUUGGGUCAGAAUCAGGGUCAGACCACGCCUACCAAUUUCGUAGCGUCGUAUCCUCCCUACUCUUCAGAGUCACAAAGUCUUGAAGCUCAUCGGCGUUCGACGAAAAAUCUGACAGAGGCUCACUACGAAGUAAUCGACGAUCAGCAGGAUUCUCAACAAGCACAACAAAUUACCAAUUCCAAUGGGCCUUUACAGAUGGGACGAAACAUGGCCCGUUCGGCCAAUAAGCCUAAAACUCCCAUGAAACCUUCGCUGCGCGAAAGAAAGGACAACAGUGACCGCGAAUGGUCAGAUGCAAGCAACAGCGAUCGCCACCGAUUAUGAAAUGAGGUCUUCGUUUAAGUUGGCAAAAAUGUUUUCCCUUACUUUGUUACUUUGUUUUUCGCAUCACCCCAUUAUCCUUCAUAUCUAUGACAUGUAAUCCGAAGAGGAUAGGUCGGAGUUUAUAUGAGAGGUGAGGCCGACCAUGCCCAAAACCACUCCGAGAGGACAUGUAUACCGUAUAGGACAAGAAGGUUGUUUUUUAACACCAAAAUUUGGAGACAAC